UCAAGCUACUUUGGUCCAGCUCUGUCGGGCUCAUCGUGCUUUGUGGUUGUCAUUCGAGCAGAUGCUUGACCUCAUGCCCCUCGCAGCUGUCCAGAUUUCGUGGUUGCUAUGCGGUGUUCCAGGCGAGCGAAAAACCGCCGCGAGGCGCCUUGUGCAAAGCCUGGAACCGAAAGUCCAGACUGGUGUUGGCGUGCGGUGUGGUGCUUCAUUCACCCGAUCGAACGGAGGCAGAGUUUGUCUGCCGUGUCCAGGAGGUGGCAAUACGGAGUCUUCGGAGACCCGUCACUUUGGAGGUUCGUCUUGGUCUCGAACUCCCCGGUAACAGUCGACCUGAUCCGGGAGGCUGCACGCACAGACGUGCAUCGUGGCGCAGAGCUCUUCUCUGGCACGAGGGCCGCACUGAGCUACCUGGGAGAAGGUGCUCUGCCACUUCGCUUCUCGGAGCUUGCUCGGAUUCCUGACUUGCGCUAUGUGGAAACAUUAGUCGUUGAGGAACCUGCAGACCCAGAGUACAAUCUACUUACCAGGACGCUCUCGUGGCGCGAUCCACGCGUCAUGCAGCAUCGUGAUUUUCUCUGGCUGUCGUCGCGAAUGCUUUUUCUGGUUCAGUUCUCGUGCCUGAGAGCACUUCGACUACCAGUGUCGAUGGUUGAAUACGAAGGACCGUUGGCCCAGAGUCGUCGUCAGAUUGUGUUCGAGUGGUUGAGAAGCAUGCCAAAGACUCUACAGUACCUGAAGCUAGACAGUGGGUCGUUCUUUCUGGAGAGGUUCUACGGGUGGCUCCCUUGUCGUGUCCCUGAGUGGUUGCCGAAUCUGCGCGGCUUGGAUCACUUUAGCCAGCGUUGCAUCAAUCAGGAAGCAGUCCAUUUGUGGCCAUUGUCAACGCGGGAACAAAUCGAUGUCUUGGACGGCAACGAGCAGAGUUCAUCUGUGCCUGUCCUGUUGAGAUGGUUCGGCUUGUUCCCACGAUUGAAGCGACUUCGGUGGUAUGGUUUGAAUGUGCCUGCUAACGACCUUACACGUCUGUGCACUCAGCUUCCGCGCACUGUGUCAGUCAUGCAUCUCUGGUUCGAGCACACCACGCCAUAUGUGUACCCCACGCUUGAGGAGUGGAGCUGCUUUGGUGUCCUUCGACAGCAGCUGCGUGAGUUAUUCAUCAGCUUUGAUAGUCCCAGCCCUCGUUGCUUCACAGAGGGGACGUCGCCUCAGACAUUGUCUGCGCACUUGGCUGCAAUUCUGCCAGAAACUGUUGUUCUGGCAACAGAUUUAAGUUACCCUUUUCAUGUGGAAGAGGGUGGGCGUGUUGUUGGAUACCCGGACCCAAUGGACCACGUAUUCUUGCCGCGCCUUCUUGAGCCGUGGCACAUGCAUCCAGAUUGCAGUGGCCGUUUGGUGAAAGUGAAAAUGAAUUGCGUAUCAUUCCCCGGCUGAUGCUUGCACUCGGGCGUUUGUGGUGUCAUACACCGUCAUCAUCACCGUCGUCGCCGAUGUUGUCUUCACCGCCAUCACUCGCCCGCCCGAGCCAACGAUCUGCAUGAUCAGGGACCGCGGGUCAUUGCCCCUGGUAAGAUGCGUGAGCAAGUUCCGCCGAACACUUUCACUCACGCCCGUUUGGCUGCUGCCACAAAGUUGGUGGGUCGGUCGGCGGGAUGGUUGCUCAAGCUGGGCCGGCGUUCCCGCGCGGAUGCUGGCCAGUUGAUCCUCCUUCCUCAAAGAAGGGCCGACUCUACCACCUUCUCUUCCCCCUCGGCUUAUGUUUCGUACCUUCUGGGACUCUGCUAAGGACAUCUGGUUCUGCCUCUUCGUUCACUUCUCAGUUUUGAGUUUGCGCCAUUCCUGGCAGGCCGGGCAUCGCCCCUCCCCCUCCUCCUCCCCCUUUUUCAUCCCUGUCAGCAAGAGCACUCCGCGCUCGCAUUCGUUUAUUG